AUGGAGGGGGAGCAUUUCGAAGAGAGGGACCCGGGUCAAAGGCACGGCUCUGGCGCACGAGCAAAUGGGUUGCCAAGUCCCCCACACAGCGCGCAUAGCAGCUUGUUCCGAACGCGCACACUGAAGGCGCUGAGCGUGGAGAAGAGGGCAAUGAAGGUCCGAUUCUAUCGGAAUGGCGAUCGGUACUUCGAUGGCAUUGUCUACGCCGUCUCUGGCGACAAAUUCGGAUCCUUUGGCGCACUACUGGCCGAUCUAACCCGUUCCCUCUCUGACAACGUGAACUUACCGCAGGGUGUCCGGACCAUCUAUUCAGUCGAUGGGUCAAAAAAGAUUACGUCUAUUGAUCAGCUUCUGGAAGGGGAGAGUUAUGUAUGUGCAUCUAUUGAAGCGUACAAAAAGAUUGACUACACCAAGAAUGUCAACCCUAACUGGUCUGUGAACGUGAAGGCCUCAGCCAACUGCAAGCCACCACCUUCCUUGGCAAGUACAAAACUAGGGUCCACCGAGGUGAAGAUGUACAAGGACUUCAUCCGGCCGAAGUUAGUGACCAUCGUCCGCAACGGCAUGAAGCCUCGCAAGGCUGUGCGCAUCCUCCUGAACAAGAAGACAGCCCACUCGUUUGAGCAGGUCCUCACCGAUAUAACAGAUGCCAUCAAGCUUGACUCAGGUGUGGUCAAGAGGAUCUACACUCUAGAUGGCAAUCAGGUCAUGUGCCUUCAGGACUUCUUCGGGGACGAUGACGUCUUCCUGGCAUGUGGCUCUGAGAGGUUCCGUCAUCAGGAUGACCUGCUGCUGGACCAGCACGAGACCAGGGUGGUGAAGUCCAGGAGUGUUGGCCUGUCCCACCGCAGCCAGUCCACCUCUGGCUCAGCAGACACCAGGGUCUGCAUCAGAUAG